UUGAAAUAAUGUAACUUAACUCAAGUUGGAAUUCUUUCUGUAAAUCGUGGAACAGAACUUUUACAAAAUGAAUCCUUUAACGAAUGUAAAAAAUAUACAAAAACUUGGUGAACAAGAACUAUUAAGUGACAGAAAAACAUCUUGGCAUGAUCAAUACAAAGAUAGUGCUUGGAUUUUUAUUGGUGGAUUACCAUAUGAUUUAACGGAAGGUGAUGUUAUAGCUAUAUUCUCUCAAUAUGGAGAAGUGGUGAAUAUAAAUUUAAUUAGGGACAAAGAUACAGGAAAACAAAAGGGAUAUGGUUUUUUAUGUUACGAGGAUCAAAGAAGUACAAUAUUAGCUGUUGAUAAUUUUAAUGGUAUUAAGAUCUUAGGCAGAACAAUAAGAGUUGAUCAUGUAGCAAAUUACAAAGCCCCAAAAGAUUCAAAAAAUGUUGACGAAGAGACUAAACGUUUAAGAAAAGAAGGUUGUGCUCCAAAAAAUAUAUAGUAAACAUAGCGAUAUAUUAAAGAGAUAAUAAUUAAUAUGUUUUUAUUAAAUUGCUGAUGUUUAUGUAUUUACAUCAAAAGGAAAUAUGUAAAAAUGAUAAAUAUAAAUGUAUGAAAAUAUAUAAAGUAUAAAAGGUAAAAAAAAUUCGGAAAAUAAGAUACUUUUAGUUAAGUUCAGAUAUUUUACCAGUGUCCGUGAAAACAUAAAUUUACACAAACAUCUGCAAUUUAGUCAUUAUCCUUAGUACGAAUUAAAUUUGUAUAAAAUGCUAAAAUAUAAUUGUACGUAUUAUACAUUUAUAAAAAUAUUCAAUAAAUUUUUAAAUUAUAGCUUUAUACUUCAGUCUGUAUUGUUAAAAACAAUUUAAUUAGAUUUAAAUGUAGAAUUAAUGAAUAAUGUUAAUUUUGUCA